AUGCCCCAGCUUCUGUGUGCUUUCGAAGAGUCAAUAUCUAAUCAAGGAGAAUGGAAACAUUUUUCUCGCAUAGGCGUUCAGGGUCAUAAAGCAGUGUUAUCCUUUCAGGCACUCCCUCGUACCCGUGACGCUAGAGACAAAAGAAAAUCAAGAGAUCACCCCGCUUGGCACCUUCCUUCGACCUGCCUCGCGUCUCUUUCGAGAACCCAUUGUCGUCCUCUCAUGAUCCACAUGUUGAGCACCGAAAGGGGGAAGAAAUCCUAUCUGUGA